UGAAUUUAGCAUCAAAAGUUUCGAUUCAUCUAAAGUGAAUAUUUCUUGAGCUUUCUGUUUGUCAAGAGUUAAAAAAUUGGAGUCUUUGGUAAUGGCAAAAUACAUGAUUUGGUUAGCCCUACUCGCAUACGUUGGGGCAUCGUCUAUUGAAGAUCCUGAGGUUUGGAAUAAUCUCAAAGAAAAUUACUACAUUCCUCCUUCUUUGAAGGAGUUAUUUCUUGAGCAUAAGCCCGAUGAAGACGUGGAUCGCAUUGUGGGUGGGCAAGUCGCCCCACCCAAUGCAUUUCCGCACCAAGUUGGGUUAGGGUUGACUACAACAACGGGGCAACAAAGCUGGUGUGGAGGAUCAAUUAUUUCCGAGAGAUUUAUCGUGACAGCUGCUCACUGUAUGGACAAUAUCAUGUAUGCAACAGUUAUGCUGGGUGGCCACGACAGAGAGAAUCCAGCGGAACCUGGAAGGGUGACGGUUAGGGUUUCUAUGGCAAAUUUCAUUGUUCACAGUGGGUGGAAUGCGCAAAGAAUGAUUCAUGAUAUUGCUUUGAUCAAACUACCAACUCCAAUCACAUUUACUGAUAAAAUCAAACCAGUUGCACUUCCAACUCGAACACAUGCCGCAAUGACCUUCGAAGGCCACACAGCAACAAUCUCCGGCUGGGGCAGAGAUGAAAGUGGACAAUUGUCAAGGCUCUUGAAGUUCACCAAAACACCUGUUGUCAGUAACAACAUUUGCCAAAGGUACUUCGGCCAAAUGGUUCAUUCCUCAAAUAUUUGUUUGGAUGGCAGCCAAGCACGCGGUACUUGCCAUGGCGACUCUGGUGGCCCAUUGAUUAUCGAUACUACUGAAGGCACUGUCAUUGUUGGUCUCACUUCCUUUGGAAAUCCUUACAAUUGCCAAGCUAGAUGGCCGACUGCAUACACACGUGUCUCUUCUUAUUUGAGCUGGAUUUCAAUGAACACUGGAAUUCCCAUUAGGAACUAGAGAAAGAAAGGGGAAGGAGAAGAAUGAAGUUAUUCAAUGAAGUAGAUUUAGGUUUUUGUACUUGAGGCAAAAUAAAUUUUUUAUACGAGUUUAUUUAAAUAAAAUAUUAAUGCAUAA